GCAAAGCGCGUCUUUCAAAAUGAUUACAAAGCUAGACAGUGUGCUUUUGCCUCGCAAAAAGUUCAUCUACCACUACAAGAAUGUGCGCUGGGCAAGGGGUCGAUGUGAGACUUACCUGUGCUUUGUAGUGAAGAGGCGAGUGGGACCAGACACCUUAACCUUUGACUUUGGACACCUCCGCAAUCGCAAUGGCAUCCAUGUCGAGUUGCUGUUCCUGCGCUACCUGGGAGCCUUGUGCCCUGGUUUGUGGGGGUAUGGAGGCACUGGAGAGAAGAGGCUUAGUUACUCUAUCACCUGGUUCUGCUCCUGGUCUCCCUGUGCCAACUGCUCCCUCAGACUGUGCCAGUUCCUCAACCAGACUCCCAACCUUCGCCUUAGAAUCUUCGUCUCUCGCCUCUACUUCUGUGACAUGGAGGACAGCCGUGAAAGAGAGGGCCUAAGAAUGCUGAAAAAAGCCGGUGUGCAGAUCACAAUCAUGAGUUACAAAGACUUCUUCUAUUGCUGGCAGACCUUUGUGGCUCGCAAGGCGAGCCAAUUCAAGGCCUGGGAAGAGCUGCAACGUAACUCGGUUCGCCUUACCAGAAAACUGAACCGCAUCCUCCAGCCCUGUGAAACAGAAGAUUUAAGAGAUGCCUUCAAGCUUCUUGGACUGUGAAACAUACUGGUGUUACCAUUACUUUUGAAGAGAUAAAUACAUGUUGGUGUUGUCUAUCACUACAACUGCUAGACUGAGAAUAUGAAAAACUGAGAAAAAAUAGCUUUGCAGCAAGGCUUGAAAGAUUUGAUGGCUGCUACUUGCUGGUUCUG